CUGUCCAUACUGAACAGUUCACUCAAAAUCAAGUAACACGUGACAUCGUACCUACAAUAAAUACAUUUGGCUUACAGCCUCACCACCAGUUUCGGGGAAUUGAUCUGGAGUGCAAGGGUUUAUCUUUGCUACACAUCACGUUUGGCUCACACCUUUCCUUCUGAACCGCGACCGACGAGGACAUUAUCCUCACACUGGUACUACAUGUAACCCGUUAUAGGACAGAAAUGUUCACAUUUCAAGUUUUAUUCCUCUGCCUUUUUCUCCAUUUUGGCAGAGGGCGGAAUACUCCGUCAAGUAACCAAGUUCCGUUUCCCAAACUUCUCGGCUUACUGAAGGUACAGGUUCAAAUCGAGAAAGUUGGUGAUGUUCUCCACAAGGAAUGCCCAACACUGUUCCAGCGUCCAGACAUCAAGAGCAUUCUACAGCCAGUCAUAGGAAAAAGGCAGUCGUACUUUGGCGCGUCAUCGGAGGAGAUAGAAUUCAGAAUCAGACUGGCUAAGCAUACUCUAGAUUUCUUGACGAAAAGUUACUUGAAGUGUAAAGCCGGGUCAUUGAAAGUCACGACACCAGCUCCCGAUCCAUGUGACAGUCAACCGUGCCAAAAUAACGGGACGUGCUCAGCCAGCGAGGACACUGCUAUCUGCGCAUGUCUGCCUGGUUUUACCGGUGCCACGUGUGACGUAGCGGUUGAUCACUGCCGCAGUCAACCAUGCCAAAACGGCGCCACCUGUGUGAAUGGAACUACUACACACAGUUGUAUUUGCCCGGAUAGGUACACUGGAAGUAACUGUGAAAUAUGUACGUAUUAA